CAAGGUAUCAGAAAAGCUGAUUUCUUCUGGGGCCUCAGGCAGAGAAAUCUUUUCUACUCUCUUCUAGCUUCAGGGUUGUUGCUAAUCCCUGACAGUUCUUGGUUUGCGGAUGCAUCACUUCAGUCUCUUUCUGCAUCAUCACUUGGUUUCUCUGUGGAUGUAUAUCUGGUCUCUUCUCUUCUUUAAGGACACAAUUCAGAUUUGAUUUAGAGCCCACUCAGGUAAUCCAGGAUGAUCUCCUCUGAAGAACCUUACCUUAAUUAUAUCUGCAACAAUCCUUUUCCCAAGUAAGGUAGCAUUUAGAUAUCUAGAUGUUAGGACAUGAGCAUUUGGGAGCGAGCUUUCUACUCAUUAUACUAACCAUCUUCUUAACUUCUCAGUCCUCUAGGGAAAUAGGAUGGUAUUUCAAAUCAUGGUUGCUAUUUUCAUUAUCUUAUAGAAAGUCUAACUUCCAUUUCUCUUAUUCUCCACAGUUGGUUCUGAGAGAAAGGUGCCAGCAAUGCCUGGAUCGCCUGUGGAAGUGAAGAUACAGUCAAGAUCCUCACCUCCCAUAAUGCCACCCCUCCCACCAAUAAAUCCUGGAGGACCGAGGCCAGUGUCCUUUACUCCUACAGCAUUAAGCAAUGGUAUUAACCAUUCCCCUCCAACCCUGAAUGGUGCUCCAUCACCGCCACAGAGAUUCAGCAAUGGUCCUGCCUCUUCCACAUCAUCUGCACUAACAAAUCAGCAAUUGCCAGCCACUUGUGGUGCUCGGCAACUCAGCAAGUUAAAACGCUUUCUUACCACUCUGCAACAGUUUGGCAAUGACAUUUCACCUGAGAUUGGGGAGAAGGUUCGGACUCUUGUUCUAGCACUGGUGAACUCAACGGUGACAAUUGAAGAAUUCCAUUGCAAGCUCCAGGAGGCCACAAACUUUCCUUUGCGUCCUUUUGUGAUUCCAUUUCUCAAGGCCAACCUGCCACUGCUGCAGCGAGAACUGCUGCACUGUGCUCGGGCUGCCAAGCAGACCCCGUCCCAGUACCUGGCCCAGCAUGAACACCUUCUGCUCAACACCAGUAUUGCAUCCCCUGCUGACUCUUCAGAGCUGCUCAUGGAGGUUCAUGGAAAUGGGAAAAGGCACAGUCCGGAGAGGAGGGAAGAGAGCAAUUUUGAAAGAGAUACACUUCCUUCUGAGCCUCCUGCCAAGAGAGUGUGUACCAUCAGUCCUGCUCCUCGCCACAGCCCUGCCCUCACUGUGCCCCUCAUGAAUCCUGGGGGACAGUUCCAUCCUACUCCUCCACCUCUUCAGCAUUAUACCUUAGAAGAUAUUGCAACUUCUCACCUAUAUCGGGAACCUAACAAGAUGCUAGAACAUCGAGACGUUCGUGAGAGGCACCACAAUCUUAGUCUAAAUGGAGGCUAUCAAGAUGAGUUGGUAGACCACCGUUUGACAGAAAGGGAAUGGGCUGAUGAAUGGAAACAUCUUGACCAUGCCCUGAAUUGCAUUAUGGAAAUGGUAGAGAAAACAAGGCGCUCCAUGGCAGUUCUGAGGCGCUGUCAGGAAUCUGAUCGUGAAGAACUCAACUACUGGAAAAGACGAUUUAAUGAAAACACAGAGAUGAGGAAAACAGGACAGAGCAAUAGCAGCAAAGCAAGCCCAGAAAGUCCUAUUUCUGAAUCUUUGUUCUUUAUUUCAGAUUCUCAGCGGGAAUUCACCAGUAGGCCAGGAACAGGAUAUGUACCUGUGGAGUUUUGGAAGAAAACAGAAGAAGCUGUGAAUAAGGUGAAAAUUCAGGCCAUGUCAGAAGUACAGAAGGCUGUUGCUGAGGCAGAACAAAAAGCCUUUGAAGUGAUUGCAACAGAGAGAGCACGAAUGGAGCAAACCAUAGCGGAUGUUAAACGACAGGCUGCAGAGGAUGCCUUCCUUGUCAUCAAUGAACAGGAAGAGUCGACCGAGAACUGUUGGAACUGUGGCCGCAAGGCCAGCGAGACAUGCAGUGGCUGCAAUAUUGCACGAUACUGCGGUUCUUUCUGCCAGCACAAGGACUGGGAGCGGCACCACCGCCUCUGUGGCCAGACCCUGCAUGGCCAGAGUCCCCACAGCCAGAGCCGGCCACUGCUUCCUGGAGGGAGGAGCUCCUCAGCCAGGUCGGCUGACUGCAGUGUGCCCAGUCCAGCCUUGGACAAGACCUCAGCCACCACCUCGCGUUCCUCAACACCUGCCUCUGUGACAGCCAUUGAUGCCAAUGGACUCUGAGCCCCAGACCGCCCCCAUCCUGUUGGCUACUCUGAGCAGCAGAACCCUUGAAACAGGGAUUUGGCUAUUGGAACAAGUAGCUGUUGGAUCAUCAGCAAGAAAUGAAGUGACAGCAGGCAGCAACCAAGCAGUGCCCCCCAGCCUUCUUGGAACUUGCCGAGUACCCAUGGAAGAACUAAUGUGCCAUUCUCUGCACAUCGGCAGUGACCAGAGCGCCUCCUCCAUGGCUUUCCUUGUGUGUUCCUUUCCCAGUUGAAGCUGGCUUAGCCAGCCCCGUCUCAGUGCAGACCACCAGCUUCCCCCAUCUCCUUGCAUCAGCAGACUGCGAAUGUGCCCACCAGGUUGGCAGCUACUCACCCACACACUAUCUCCUACUCCAUCUACAGUCUUCACAGGGCAGAGGGCUGAAGACUGGCAACAGACUGAGACCCCUCCUCCCUCCACCUCUGAACAGUUACUCAAACCUCAUGUCCACCCUCAGCAGGUGACACUGAUUGACUUCACAGGGACUUGGGUAGACAAAAAGCAGUACUCAGGACUCCCUCCUCAGCCCUCCUGUUCAGACUUGUUAAGAUGCUCAGAAAUAACAGGAUAGAAGUCACCUCUUCACUAGAGCACCCAUAACAAUAAAAAGGAAAUCAAUAAAUCUUUCCAGACAUCACAGAUUAUUUUGGACAAGAGUUUCCAACCCAGCUGGCUCCUUUAGUUUGGAACCCUUUUUUUUUUCUCUCAUGUGAUUUUGCUUGUGCAGAAAAUAGUUUCCAACGCUUGGAUUGGGCUGAGAGAAAAUGAGACUCCAUUGUGUUGGUCUUUUCUCUCUGAGCAUGUUGGACAGACUAGUAUCAAAUUACUGAGUGGAUUAUCUCUUGAAAUGCAGAACCUUCUGCCACUUCUCAACUAUUUGCACAGUCGUUUUGUUUUAUAUCCUUUUAUUUCUCAGACCACGCAUGCCCAGAUUGCUGUGGGUAUCAUCUGACAUGAACUCUGUCACAGUAGAAUGUUAGUAGAACCUCCUGCCCAUCUUGUCUGAGCAGCUCUUCUGGACCUGAAGGAAUUCUUCACACUUCUGGUUCAUAGCAUCAUACCUGCUACAUGAGUUCAUUAUCAGGUGCACAAUCUCAGUCCCCCUUCUCGUGUCAUCUGUUUCAUGCCUUUGCUCUGAGCUCAGAAAGGUUUUGUGAAGUGUGGAAACCAUUUGGGAAAGUCUGACCAAUUUUUCUUCCUGUCUACAGGGAAUUUUCCCUGCUUAUCUAGCUUUCCAAACAAGGAUAUCACCCUGUACCCGUUUCAGAGUACUAAGCACUGCACAUACCUUCUAUGCUGCCAUCAGGUUAUGUUGGGAGCCCAAGGCCCUGUUACUCCCAUUGGCCACCUCUGAACCUCCAGCAGCUUACUGCCUCAUGGGACCAGUUGGGGUGAGUUGGUUGGCCUUGCUCCUGCUGGCUGUUUUAAAGCCAUGGUCAGCUUACCACCUGUGUACACUAACUGAGUCUGAUGUAAAGGCCCUUGGCCUCGUGAAGGAAAGGGAUAUCUAUGCAUGGCAUUGUCGUUGCGUACAGUUUAGCUUACUUUAAGAACUUCAGGUCCCUACUUUACCUCAACCAAGAAUUUCUAGUCUUCAAAGCUUGGUACAAGGUAACUUAAAAACACCUAGAUUCCCAUCAUAUAAAGUAAGGUAAACCCAGAGAAAGCACUGGUAAUCAUGUUAUUUCAACAUGGAGCACAGAAAACCCACUGCCUAGUACAGUCUGGCCUGGCCCCACCCCAUCAGCCUCCUGUCAUCUACUACCCAGGUUGUAGUCAAUCCUCAGGCAGCACUGGCCCAUAUUUCUCUAAGAUGUGGCCUAUAAAUCUGUUAUCUCAAGAGUGUCUCGUGUAUACACUGGCUCUUUUCCUUGGCUUACUGUUUCUUCAUUGAUAGGUUGGAUACACGGAUAAACACUUAAGCAGGUUUUUCAAAUAUUCACUGGCCACAUGAGUAGCCAGGGUAACUGCCAUUUUCUACUGGUUGGAAUAAAAAGUCAAAACUGCCAGGCGUGGAAAUGACUGCCUGGAAUCCCAGCACACUGGAAGCUGAGACAGCAGAAUCAUGAGUUUGAGCCCACAAUGGGCUACAUAGCAAGACCCUGUCUUAAGAAAAAACAAACAAACAAACAAAAACCUUAUCAGGACUCAAGGACAAUUUCUACAGCAAAAGUCUUAGGUGCAGGUUCUGGCCUGCUAAACUACUUGGCUCCUGUGAUCCACAGAGGUUCAUCUGCAAACCUGGGUAGAACUAUCCAUCAUAAUUCACUUCAGUUCCCAGACAGUGAAAGCACUGUCUUGAUUCUGGUCAUUGUCACACAUAAAGCAUCUGCUAGAAAUUCCUGUUCUCAUUUAAGGAGUCCUUUUUCCACCACCUUUCUGAAAUUCCGAAGGAGGAACAGCACCUAGAGUGAGGUGGGCGCCUGGGGGCGGGGAUGGCAGGAGCAAGUCCAGCCUCCUUAGUCUCCAUUCUCUGCUCAAACCACCCCAAUGUUUGGAGGUAGACAGGGAGGCUCCCCACUCUAGGAUUAGAGAGAAGUACCCAUAGGGUCAGGGUGAUCAGAGGCCUGGCCUCAAAAGUUCAAGUGGGGCUGGGUGGUGGUACGCAGUAUAGUGGGUCAUUCACAAGCUCUUUGACGUUACCUUAGAAACCAAGCAGACAGCAUUUCUAGAGAGUGAGCCAGUGCUCAGCAUCACCUGCUGAGGGACACCAAUGAGUGAUGGGACUUCAGUCCUUUGAGGAUUAAUUACAGGGACUAGAGGCCACAAAGACGGCAAUAGUGGGAGCCAUCUUUAAAUUCCCUUCAGUUGUCCUCUGGAUCCCCACUCCCCUCCACCCUUCUGCUUCAUCCAGUGCUGAAAAAGACUCGGUAUGAAGUUGUUUAACUACACCUGCUCAGGAAUUGGCAGUCUACUCUGUAAGAUGUGUGUCUUCUCUCACAGUGUUCUGCAUCUUAGCAGAUUUGCUCACAGUUAGGUAGGGUGAGGGUACAGAUUGCGUGGCUCUUUCCUGAGGUGUAGCCGAGUUUUGUGUCUGCCUUGGAUCUACAAGUGCAAACAGCACAGCAGCCCUUCAUAGCCCUGCACCUAGUAUGGCAGUUGCUCUUUGCCAUGUGGACUCCUUUGCCCAUCAGGGCCUGUUGGUCCACCAGGAGCUCAUCACUGCUUGGUUUCAACUUGAGCAGAAAAUGCUUUAUAUAGCCCUAUCACAUACUCACAGAGGGUGUAGACAUUCUGGAAGAUACUUCAGCAAAUGUUUAAGGGUUCAGCAAUACUAUUGGAACCAUAGUGGAUGCUCCAGAGAGAAAGCAUAAAAAACGACCAGAUGGCCGUUUGUCCUGGAAACUAUAGAAGAAUUAUGGGUUGAAUAAAUCACUACAAAUAGGACACAUCUUGGAGGCUUUCUUCAAAACUGGACUAGAACCAAGGUUUCCAGGCUCCUAGGUCAGAUCAAGCCAGCUUCUUCGCUCUUUUUUAGCUAUUUACAGAGAACUGGGUGGUGGCAUGUUUGAACCAAAUGUGAGAAAGCUAGAAGAACCUGGACUGUUCCAGCAUGGGCCAGAUGGCCAGCUGUCAAAGAAGAGCCCUGCCCCAGCUGGGUAGGGAGUUGGACAGCUGCUCAGCAGAGCCCUCUGACUCAUAAAACCAAAACCCUUGACUAUCUGCCUCUGUCCCAUGCGUUGACAUGCGCACUUCCAAAGAUGCUGGAGCAGGUCAAUGGGUCCCAUCCUGAACCAGAGAGAGUUGAGGGGCCUGAAGGUGGGCCUUGCAUUCCUCACCUCCCACUCCACAGCCUAGAAGGUGGCACUUCCCACACAGACCCUGUCUGGUCAGGCCUCCAACUGCCCAGUGUAUACUCCCAUUGAUGCUUAUACCAAAUAGGGCAUGUUUGGCUAGUGUCUGUCAGGGACAGCCCAUCCCUGCCGACAAGGGACAGUUGGCAGAGAAGCAGCAGUAAGCAUUGGGUGAAUGCUUGUAAGGCCUGUUGGGCCACGAGGCCUUCAUUCCAAGUUCCUGAUGAGGCUACAAAGGCUGUGUCCAUAAAAGAAAGCCAAUAAUGUAAAUAAAUAGAAAACUAAGUCUCCAGGUGUGGUUUUCAAUGGGGCUGAUGAAUGUGAAGCCGCCUACGGGUGCAUCAGUCUGGGUUCUCUGUGCUUUGUCAUCUUACUCUUGUAGGAACUUUUGUUACUUAACUGUGCAUAACUUAUUUAAUGUACUGUAUAAAUGAACCAAAACUGUUAAAUAUGUAUUUAGUUUGUUCUACUUAAAGUAGUCAAUAAAAAAGUUAUA